UGCCCUGAGGCUGCGUCUUCAUGCCAUCCACUACGCAUGCACCACCGUCCACUAAUGAUCAAACCGCGCGCCAUUUCUUUUAAGCCAUCAGUUCUCCUACAGCUCAUGCAACACGCUACCAUACCAAUUCCAGAGUCCAGACACAAACGCUCGUAGACAUUGUACCGCACGACGCCGGCCCGACAUGCAGUCCCCCGCGGAGGCGCCUGAGCCCGCCGCCGUGAGUGAAGCAGCAACAGCGGUGGCGCCCGAACCUGUUCCCGAAGGCGAAGCGGCAGCAGCGGAGGUGCCACAGCAAGGAGCAGAGACCUCUGCGCCGGCGGACGGCCGCGUCAAGAGCCCGAGCCCGGGCCCGGCGUCGCCGUCCACGGAGAAGGAGCGACAGAUCCCCGUGGACCCCGCGUCGCUGCGCCGCCUGGGCAUGGUGGCCGACGAGGACUCGCCGCUCUCCGCGCCGUCCGUGCUCACGGAGGUGGUGGUGCAGUCCCCGCUCCUGCCGCAGCUCCGCCGGCCAACGUUCGUAGGCGCCAGCCUCCCGUGCUCUGCCGCGUCCUCCCCGGUUCAGGGCACCGGUCCAGGCGCUGGCGCGAAGUGGGAGGAGCCCCCCGCCACGCCCAGCCCCACCGCCGCGCUGCGCUCCCUUGCCCGGCAGCACUCCGCCGCGCUCGCCAGGUUAGUCGCCACGCCGGCCCUAGCGCCGCCCGCGCUGUCGAGGUCCGCGUCCCGCGCCCAGGGUAGGACCAUGGCACCGCACGACGACGACGACGACGAGCCCACCGAGCCAAAGCCGCUCGGCGUGGGGGACGGCUUCACGUGCGGCGCGCUAUGCAUGCUUAUUCCGGUCUUCUCCAAGAAGAAGCCAGCUGCUGCCGCAACCGCCGCUGGUAUGGCCGUCUCGAACAUGCAGAGGCAGCAAUCAGGCUUGAGGCCGCGGCGCAGCAGCGUGUCGCGUGUGGUGUCUCUGGAGAGGUUCGAAUGCGGGUCGUGGAGCCCUCCGCCGCCGGCGCCAGCGCAGCACGACUCUGACUGCCUCGCGCUCGAGGUGGCCAAGAUCAGCUGGGCGGACGACGCGGAGGCGCCGGUGAAGAUGGCGUUCGUGUUCGACGGUGAGACACCGAUGAGGGGGAUACUGAAGAAUUCGGCGUCAUCGCGGCUGGACUCGGCCAGGCCUUCGUCGUCGUCGCAGCGGCACGUGAGGUUCUCGACGGCGGCGGCAGGGGUGGUGUCGUGCCCGUCGUCGCCGUCGUCCGCGGGCACGAUCACGCCGCGCAUGGCGAGGGCCAGGGCGGAGUUCAACGCCUUCCUGGAGGCGCAGAGCGCGUAGCACGAUCGUGACCGUGAAUCGCGUGCACGUUUCUCGUGGGCAACGUACGCUGCUACCAUG